GUUCAGGAAAUACCUUUGCUGUAACUAGCUCCCACAACACAAUAGCAAAACUGAAAACAUCUGCUUUCUGAUCAUAUUGUUGAUGGUUUAUAACCUAGUGGGAUAAAACCAAAAGUAACAAUGAAUACAAUGUGAGAAGUGAAUCUCAUAAUGGUUAACAAAUAUUGUACGUGAAAAUCAAAUUAAGACCAAAACUUGGUCUUCUUUGCAGCAAAUAGAUGGUAAAGGAAAAUCAUCCACAGAACAAUAAAAAUGAAAGUAAUGUUGACAAGAAAAGGAUGAAUCAUUAAAAGGUAUACUUUUCUUGAGCAUUAACUAAGGCCCUAAUAUUCAACAAGUAACCUCAUAAACUGGGAUGGAACUUGAGAUUCAAACCUCAGGUGCCAUCCAUCUGUACGUCCCAGUUUCUGCAGUCAUUACUCCCCCUUGGUUCUGGAACCGAGCAACACCAAAAUCUGCCACCUUAACAACCUUCAAAAAAAAAUACACAGUUCUCAGCCCUUGCAAUAGAAAAUAUUAUUCUCUUUAAACUGUGAUGUAUACAAUCCACAGCCAAUGCAAAUUUACAUGGUUAAUCAAUUCCUAUAGACUGAAGCAGUUAAAAGUUUAAUGUUGAAAAACCCAGUUCUUUUGAAGCUUUAUGCUUUUCUGAACCAAGCGCUGAGGCUUAGGUUGUGGUUUAUGAGUAUAACUUUUUUCUGAUCAGCAAGUUUAUGAGUACAACUUGAUAAUCUAUUCAGGGUACAACACCAAGAAUAAUUUUAUUAUUGCAAA